AGGAUGGCGCUCAGUCUGUGUGCAGCUGGGCAGCAGAUCCUCUUUGCCCUAAUGCUGCUGCUCUAUUUAGGCUCCGGUGCAGCCUCCUCCAUUGUGAACAUGCGUAGGAUCAGGCAUCCUACAAUACAACAGACGCUGGCAGGCAAAGCCAUCCUCCCCUGUGUCUUCACCCUUCAGACCAGCUCCGUUAGCCAGCCUCCCCACCUCCUGUGGACUCGCAUCAGGGUACCAGCAAAAGGGGAGGGUUCUCCUCUGGAGCAGAUUGUGCUUUCUGCUAAAGGUGAUGUAAUCAAGGUGAAUAAGGCUUUCAGUGGCCGCGUCAUGCUGCCAGGAUACGCUGCCAAUCCUCUGAAUGCUACCAUGGAGAUCGCCAGUCUCCGUACCAACGACUCAGGCACUUACCACUGUCAGGUUGUCAUGGGUAACGACUAUGAGCGAGACACUGUGCCCCUGGUGGUCUCCGGUGUGGUGUUCCACUACCAGGCUCCCAGCACCAGAUACACCCUCUCAUUUGCUGAUGCCCAGCGGGCCUGUCAGGAAAACUCGGCUGAGAUGGCCACACCGGCCCAGCUGUGGGCAGCGCACUAUGACGGCUUUGCCAGCUGUGCAGUCGGGUGGUUGGAUGAUCAGACUGUCCGCUAUUUGCCAGAGUUUGGUUGCUAUGGACACAAGUACUCAGCUGGAGUGAGGAAUUAUGGGAAGAGGGACCCUAAAGAGCUGUUUGAUGUGUACUGUUUUGCAAAAGAACUGGAUGGUGAAGUCUUCCACUCUGCGGUCCCAGGCAGGCUGUCCCUGUCGUCGGCCUCUGACCGCUGUGUGUCCCUCGGGGGGCAGCUGGCCACUGUCGGACAGCUUUAUCUGGCCUGGAAGGCCGGCCUGGACAGCUGCGCCCCGGGCUGGUUGUCUGAUGGCAGCGUGCGCUACCCGGUGACCUGGCCUCGGCCGGACUGUGGAGGGGGCCAGUUAGGAGUCCGCACCGUCGCACCCAACAGCACUGCGGACAACACCACUGUGCUAUAUGAUGCAUACUGCUACAGAGGUAAAGUGAAGAAUUCCGGCUCCAUCUCUCAGAUCUACACCUCCAUGUGGAAGCCCUGGAGCUACCUCGCUGGCUUAAGUGAUGCUGACUCCACAGGGACAGGCAGUCCAGACGUGACUACACAGCAAACCACCACUGCCAGAGAUGCCAGUGAUGUUUCACCUUCAAACUGGACAGGAUUGGUCGACCUAGAAGAAGAGGCCUCCGUUCCCAGCACCGAUGCAUCCUCAGACCCCUGGUCCUCAGAGUCUUCAGGCUCAUUUGUGACCCUCCAGCUAAUCCCAGGACAGAACCUCUUAGACUGGGGUGAGCCACUGGAGCCUGGCCUCGAGUCUGAGGAGUUUCUCCGACCGCUGGUCAUCCCUACUCCUGCUGACAAGAAGGUGAUCUCAAAGAUCUUCAAGUCCAUCUUCAAGCCUUGGAACUACCUGGCGGGGACUGGAGAUGAGGAAGGAACCCAAGAACCAAGUAGACAAGCAGGGGAAGACGAGAUGGCCGUGAAAAAGAAUUCAUCCAGUGCGUCGCCAAGUUUGUUUUCUUGGGGACGUACAUGGAUCAGAAGCCCCUCAAGGGAAAACUCUACAACAGCCAGUGAAGAAUCUCCCACUCGUCUGGCAUCUACUUUGGCCGCCUCCAGUAACUCUAUGACUAAAGAGAGCACCAAGAGCUGGGAGACUUCAGAUACGACCACGUCCACCACCUCCAGCUCUGCACCAGGAAUCUCAUCAUCCAAAGGGGUAACCUGGGUCCGUGUUGAAUCGGCGACCACAACCCAGCCGGCUGACAAGAGGGAGGAGACGGUGACCUCCAGAGGCAGCGGUAGAGGAGGCAGAGGGAGGGGGAAGAAGAACAGAGGGGAGGACAGGAGCAGGGGAGAAGAGAAGGGAAGAGGGGAGGAUAAGGGGAAAGGAGAAGACGAGGGCAGUGGAGAAAUCAGUGGCGCGGAAGCAAAAGGGGAGAUACAAGUUUCACGUCGACCAGUUGGAACAAGUAAACCAAGAGAAAGAUCCAGAGAACGAUCUAGAGACAGGGGUCACAGGAAGGGACAGUCCACCACUACCACUUCUACCACGACUACUGCUAAUACUCUGGAGCUCACAGUGAUGACCACAACUGGGUCGGAAAGCGCUGACUCAUCUAGAUCUGAAUCCCCGUCCACUUCACCAGCAAAAAUCCCAUCCCCAUCAAGCUCACCAGAUUCAUACCAAUCCCUCUCCUCAUCUCCAUCACCUUUGCCCUCUGUUACUGCAUCCCCAUCUCCCUCCUCCUCCCAACCACCCCCAUCUCAAACCCUGUUUGAAUCCCAAUCCCCAUCCCCCCCCCCUCCCCUCCCCCUCCCCUCCCCAUCCCCAUCCCCAUCCCCAUCUCCGUCUCAUCCAUCUUCCUCCUCCCCAUCUCCAUCCACUUCCUCACCUUCACCUUCAUCCAAUUCCCAAAUCCCCCAUUCUUCAUCUACUCAGUCAGAUAUCCAGGACAGCUCAACUACGACACUUACAUCGUCCCACUGGAUCCCAGUGGAGAAAGCAGUUCUGAACAGCUCACUGGAUCAUCCUCCAUUACUGUCGGGACCCCAAGAUGUGGAGGAGCCUGCUUGGUCUCACACUGUGGGGUCAGGGGCCCUGUUACCUGGCAACAUGGAGGAGGAAAGCAGAGGAGGGGGAGUGAACAUCAGUACUAUAACUCUCAGCCCAACAGACGAGGUGGAGCCCUGCGUGACAAACCCAUGUCUGCAUGGAGGAAAGUGCCUUCCGCAGGGAACGGGCUACAGCUGCUACUGCCCACAAGGAUACACUGGGGAGAACUGUGAGAUUGAUGUUGAUGAUUGCCAGUCCGAGCCAUGUGAAAAUGGAGGCACUUGCAUCGACAAGAUUGAUUCAUUCCUCUGCCUUUGCCUGCCCAGCUAUGGAGGAGAUACGUGUGAGAAAGAUGUAGAAGGUUGCGAGCACGGAUGGAGGAAGUUCCACGGCCACUGCUACAGGUACUUCACGCACAGACACACCUGGGAGGAUGCAGAGAAAGACUGCAGAGAGCACAGCGCCCAUCUCAGUAGUAUCAUCUCAGCUACUGAGCAGGAGUUUAUCAAUGGUCUGGGUCACGACAAUGCUUGGAUCGGUCUGAAUGACCGAACGGUGGAGGAAGACUUUCAGUGGACCGACAGCAACGAUCUGGUAUAUGAGAACUGGAGGGAGAGCCAGCCGGAUAACUUCUUUGCGGGUGGGGAGGACUGUGUGGUGACCAUUACCCAUGAGGACGGCAAGUGGAACGACGUGCCCUGCAACUACAACCUGCCCUACAUCUGCAAGAAAGGCACAGUGUUGUGUGGGACACCGCCCGCAGUGGAGAACACCCAUUUGAUAGGUCGGCGAAGGUCACAUUAUGACAUCCAUGCAGUGGUCCGCUACCAGUGCUCUGAGGGCUUCUUCCAGCGUCACAUCCCCACUGCUCGCUGCCGGGCCGACGGGAGCUGGGAGCGACCCAGGAUCAUCUGCACAAAGUCCCGGCGGUCACACCGCUACCGACGCCACCACCACAAUCAGCACAGCGAACGGCGCGGCCACCGGAGACACGGAGGAGAGGGACACAAGGCCAGAGAGGACACACACAGCUACUACUGAACCAAAUAAUACGACAUUCUUCAAUGGCUAGGUGCUAACCACGGCCCAUAAAGAAAGACAGUAGUUCACAUCACAUCGCCAUUCCUUUUCCUGCUUCUAACCAUUUUCCCUUUUAUUCCUCCUGAUGAAUAAGGUUUCUUACACUAACAUACAGUUUAUCUUCAUAACCCCUAUCCCUGAUUUGGGUGUUUUGAAGUUUUUUGUUUUCACCCUGCUUCCUUUAACUGAGGUCCAUGCGAACACUAACUAUAACACUAACUCUUAUUAACGCUUCCCUCCCAAGCAUCUCAAUACAGUAAAUCCUCCUCCUGUCUAUGAACUAAAACCAUCUCUGUGUGUGAGCGUGUGUGAGCGUAUGCAUGUAAGAGACAAACUUUUUUUUUUGCAAAGAUUUGCUUGUUCUUCAUGAAAAAUGACUCAUGCUAGUAUUCUGUUAACAAAGCACAGAUGUUAUUGAUGAAGGUUAGCAUUCAGUUCCUGGUGACCCUGAGCUUUUUGUAUGUGUACUGUAGCUAUUACUUUUUUCCAUGAGCACCAGAAUAGUUGGUUUGUUUUUUCUGACAUGCUUUUUCUAAUAUGUGCUAUAUUUGUGUUAUGUUACUAUUUAUUAUGAAUUGUUUGCUAGUGAAUAUGCUUUCUUUUUUUACUAAUACUUCAGAGAGCCAAUGUAACAUCUUUUUUCUAAACCAGUAUAUAAAUCAAACAAUCAACAAUAAAUUAAAUUAAUCAUUUGAUUGGGUCUAAUCUCUGUAUUGUAAAUAUUGUGGUGUUUGUUUUUGGCUGGUCCCCGAUCAAUAGUUGGACCAUGUCUUGACCUCUCAGCUAGUGAAAAUGUCCCAUAGACAUAGAUAGUGAGGAUGGGAUUACAAAAUACUUUCUCGAGAUAACCACUUGAUUGUAUCUGAAUUGCUAAAAACUUUCAAUCUUUGCACGGCUAUAUUUACCUGAUGGGUAAUACGUCUUCUUUUUUUUGGUCCUUUUGUCCCUUUGAUAUUUGAUCAGUUAUCCACUUUUUGGUGUUCUUAUGACUUUUUGUCCU